AUGGAGCCGUCCCAUACGUCGAAUUACCGCUCAAAAAAACUGCUGAAAAAAAGCCAAGAGAGAAACACCAGAUGGAUACAGAAGAGCCACACCAGAUGGAUACAGAGGAGCCACACCAACGGGCAACGGCUAAAAAAUGAGCAGAGAAGCCACCAGUCGUCACCAAGGAUUCACCAACGCAAUCGGCCACCGCCCUACAACAUUGGGAACAAAACGAAAGAGACAAUAGAACCGCCUAAGACAAAGAUCGGUCCACCAUGCCGGAGGAAGGAGCCAAGCCGCCACACUCCACCUCCGCACCAAUCAUCCACAACAGUGAUGAAGAACCACCACUGCAAAGCUUCAUACGAAGCCGACAAUAAAACCUUUGCGUUGAAAACUGAGCAAAACGGAGAAGAGGCCGAACAUAGGAAAGGAAGAAGAUGGGGCCUCUCCCGACGGUGGCGAGGAGCACCGGUCACUGGAGAGGAAGAAGCCAAGUAG